AUGGAUAGCGGGAACGAAAGUUCCGCCGGCCCUGCGCCAAUAACGGUAGCAACGGCUGAUCGUUCGGAUGUAUGCGAGUAUCUGACGUCUAUUGCGGGGACUUAUUUUGCGGGAAAGUCCAGCGCAGAUCUCAAGACUGUCCUGGCUGCUUCAGAUGCGCUCGACAAGUUCAUUGCGGACAGCAAGACCAAUGUGCUCGUGGUCGAGCGUUCUAUGUACAAAGAAACUACGGAUGCCGAGGAAGGAGGAGUGGAUUCGGAGGAAUCCGUCGUCUUUUCUGUGAAUAACGACGUGGCCUUUCGCAACGAGAGAAGCACGAUGUUGAUCUUCAUCCGGCGUGGUGGCGUCGUCGAUGCCGAGAAGGCGCUUUCGGAUCAAAUGCAACUCUUAGUGAUGAACGAGGGAAGCCCGUACGAAAAUCUGUGGAGUAUCAUUGGGAAGGCAAUGAGUCCCUUCUUCAAGUCUUACAUUCGCCGAAGCGGACGUAGCGAACGGGACGGCGACAAGCUGGCUCCUGCUGUAGAGAAAGCCUUGAACGAAGCUGAAGUCUCUCUGCUCCACCUGCAGCAGAACAUCGACAUCCCAGAAAUCAACUUGGUCGUCAACCAGCAUAUUCUCGCGGCCAUCCAAGCCGCCACGGCUCAGGGUCGGAAAGCGAAGGCUGAUGACCUUGGAAACCUGAUAGAAGACUCGCUCUUCUUGAACACUCUGCAGAGCGGUGUUGGACGCUGGAUCAAGGAAAUCCAAAAGGUUACCAAGCUUGAGCGUGAUCCUGCUUCUGGCUCCUCGCUGCAGGAAAUGAACUUCUGGCUAAAUCUGGAGCGUGCCCUACAGAAAAUUCAAGAAAAGCGAGAAUGUGAAGAGAUCCAGUUGACUUUGGAAGUGUUGAAGGCUGGCAAACGUUUCCAUGCUACCGUCUCCUUCGAUUCCGAUACAGGGCUGAAGCAGGCUCUGGACCUGGUCAACGACUAUAAUAUGCUAAUGAAGGAUCUGCCUCUAAACGAGAUUGUCUCUGCCACCGAUUUGCCAGCUCUCCGUGAGGCUAUCGGCAAUGUGUUUGGGCAUCUGAAGAAGCUACGUGUCACGAAAUAUCCAAUUGCCCGUGCCCUUCGCUUGAUUGAAGCCAUUUCGCGAGACGUUAAUGCCCAAAUGAGCAAAAUCCUCAGCACUCGUCGCCUGAUGCACAUCUCUAUGAAAGAGUUCGAUCAACUGAUGAACGAUUGUUUCAAGGUGUUUGCGAAAUGGGACCAGGAAUACGACAGGAGCAGCAUUCUGAUGCGCGAGAUGGUCAAAAAGAAGCGCGAAGAAACGUUGAGGCUGACUUUCAAGCCGAAUCACGUGCAUAAGAAGCUCGAGCAACGGCUGGCACAAAUCAAGGCUUUCCGCCGCCAGCACGAGCAAUUCCGUACCGUCAUCGAACGCGUCUUGCGCUGCCCGAAUGCCAUCGACGGAGUCGCACAGUUGAAUGCUGGCGCUGGGACGGUUACUGCUGCCCCUACGGCUGUUGAACAAAUUGACCGGGCUUACGAAUACGUCAAGGAGGUCGAUUGCUUGGACGUGACAGCCGAAGGGACUGUGGCUUAUGACGCUGCUCAGAUCAGAUACGAGCAAGAAGUUCAACGCGUCGAAACAGACAUCACCGCCUGGCUUCGAGGCCAACUUGGCGCUGCCAAGAACGCAAAGGAGAUGUUCAGCAUUUUCUCGCGCUACAACGCGCUUUUCGUCCGGCCGAACAUCCGUGGAGCCAUUCGCGAGUACCAGACGCAGCUCAUCGACAAGGUCAAGGAAAAUAUUGCCGAAUUGCAAGAGAUUUUUGCGACCAAAUACAAUGACAACUAUCGCCAUGAACAGCUGACGAAACGCCUCGACAUUCAGCCGCUGUCUUGUCGCAUCAUUUUCGUCAAGAACAUCGAGAAUAAGCUAAACGACUCAAUGAAGAAGGUCGAAGAUGUCCUUGGCAAGGGAUGGGAAGGCCAUGUUGACGGACAACAACUCAAGAAGGAAAGCGACAUGUUCCGUCAGCGUCUGAACAUUCAACCGAUGUACGAUGACUGGGUCAAAUGCACCAAGGAGAAGAAUCUAUCCGCUUCCGGGAAAUUGCUUACAAUUGACAAACGCAACCAAGAAGGCAAACCGGUUCUCCAACUCAAGGUCAAUUUCCGCGACGACAUGAUUCAGCUGCAUAAAGAAGUGCGCUAUCUGAAGACUCUUGGCCAGCGCAUACCACUUCAAAUCGUCAAUGCAGCACACCAAGCUGCUCAAAUGAAUCCAUUCGCGGUCGUGCUCAAGGAAUCUGUCCGGACCUACUAUUAUGUCGAAAAGAAAUUGGCGGAUCGGAAAGAUAUCGAAACCUUGAUUGCCUCAUCCAAGAAGGAAGUGCAGAUGAUCAUUGCUGAAAGCCUGCAACUGAACUGGGAUUCGUACAAAUUGGAGCAAUAUGUGACGCGCUUUAACACUGCGGUCAGCAAGUAUAGUGAGAAGUGCGAAGAGCUGUUCGACAUCAUCUCUCAAAUCGAUGGAGCUCUCGCUGCUCUUGAUUCUUGCCCCUACGCGAUGGAGAAGAUCACCGAACAACUCCGAAUUGUCCAAGAGAAUGUCGAUGUGUUGGCGCUUGGAAGCUACUCGAACCUGCAGUGUUGGUCUGCUGAUCUGGAUAAAAACAUCGAACAAAAGCUCUCCCGGCGUCUCGAAGAAGCCAUGCGCAUUUGGGCCUUGGUCUACAACAAAUCUGAAGAGCUGGAAGACCUCCGUGAGCAAAACAUUCAGCUUCCAGCCGUGCAAAAUAUUGUCGUCGAGGUGCGCUUGACUGCGCAAACGAUCUACAUCAGCCCCUCGAUCGAGCAGGUCCGGGCCAGGCUUUGCGAGCAACUUUUCGAUUGGCAAGCUGUCGUGACUGCGCAGAAACGUAUCUCUAGCACACGUUGCCAGCUCGCAAUGAACGCCGACAAUGUGGAAGCCACCUACAAAGAUAUCCUCGGCGCUUUGCCGAAGGGCCUAACCACUCUGGAAGCUGCGUAUAAGACUGUCGACGCAGUCAUGACGAAGGUGGAGGAGUAUGUGGGCGAAUGGAUGUGCUACCAAGCGCUCUGGGACUUGCAAGCUGAAGUGCUUUACGAUUCACUCGGUGAUGACUUAACCCGCUGGAUGCGAACUUUGGACGAAAUCCGCAAGAACCGACGCAUCUUUGAUACGACGGAUGCUCGCAAAGAUAUCUACCCCGUUGUAAUCGAUUACACCAAGGUUCAAGGAAAAGUUUCCUUCAAAUAUGACAACUGGCACAAAGAAGUCUUGCAAAAGUUUUCUGCUGCCCUCGGCCAGGAAAUGCAGACCUUCCAUGGACAGGUCUCCAAGUGGCGCUCCGAUCUGGAAGGGCAAAGCGUCGAUUCGGGAUCCACGACAGACGCUGUUCAACUCAUCACCUACGUGCAGGGCUUGAAGAAGCAAACGAAGAUCGGUCAGGAUCAGGUCGACAAGUUCCGGGCUGCUCAGCGAUUGCUCAACCAGCAGCGCUUCCAGUUCCCCAACCAAUGGCUUUAUGCAGAGCAUGCUGAAGGAGAAUGGGAUGCUUUGCAAGAUCUGUUGCUCCGAAAAGAUUCUGCUAUUCAAAGCCAGGUCGCCAAUCUGCAAACGAAAAUCAAAGAAGAAGAUGAGCUUGUGGAAAAGCGCACCAUCGAGGCCCUUCAAGACUGGGAAAGAUCGAAACCCGUCGAAGGAGGCCAGCGUCCAGCCGUUGCACUUGAACAGUUGGCGGCGUUCGAGCAGAGGCUUUGCAAGUUGCGUGAUGAUCGGGACAAGAUGAAGAAGGCUCGGCUAGCCCUUGACCUCGCUGAGACCACAGGAGUUCCAACCGAGGCUGACAAGUUGUCGAUUGCGGUGGAAGAAUUGGGCGACCUGAAGGGCGUUUGGGAGGCGUUGAAACCAGUCUAUUCGGAGAUUGACGAAAUCAAGGAGAAGACAUGGCUCAGCGUCCAGCCGCGAAAACUUCGGCAGAACUUGGACGAGUUGUCACAACGCUUGAAGGGAUUGCCCGUUAAAUACAAGACCUAUCAGAGCUACGAAAAAGCCAAGGAUAUGCUCCAAAGUUAUGGAAAGGUGAAUCUACUGAUUGCCGAGUUGAAAUCUGAGGCCCUGAAAGAGCGUCAUUGGCGUCAACUGAUGAAAGAGCUUCGUGUCACUUGGAAUCUGCAAGAUUUGACUCUUGGACAGGUCUGGGAUGCCGAUGUGCAACGUCACGAAGCUGCCAUCAAGAAUAUUUUGACCGUUGCUCAGGGAGAAAAUGCCUUGGAGGAGUUCCUGAAGCAGCUGCGUGAAUACUGGCUUGCCUACGAGGUCGAAUUGAUCAAUUACCAAAACAAGACGCGGAUUAUCAAAGGAUGGGACGAUUUGUUCAACAAGCUGAAGGAACACCAAAAUUCCUUGGCGGCCAUGAAACUUUCGGCCUACUACAAGCAAUUUGAAGAAGAUGCGCUCUCCUGGGAGGACAAGCUCAACAAGAUCUCCUCAAUGUUCGACGUGUGGAUCGACGUGCAGCGUCGUUGGGUCUACCUUGAUGGCCUGUUCAGUGGUAGCGCGGAGAUCGCUUCCUUGCUGCCAAAUGAGAGCUCCCGUUUCAGCAGCAUCUCUGCCGAAUUCCUGGGUCUGAUGAAGAAAGUGAUUGCUUCCCCGAGAAUCUUGGAUGUUGUCAUGAUGCAAGGUGCUCAGCGACUUCUGGAACGCCUCGCUGAGAUGUUGGCCAAGAUUCAGAAGGCGUUGGGUGAAUACCUGGAGCGAGAGCGCUCAUCAUUCCCUCGAUUCUAUUUUGUCGGCGACGAAGAUCUUCUGGAGAUUAUGGGCAACAGCAAGGAUAUUUCUCGCCUGCAGAAACAUUUGAAAAAGAUGUUUGCUGGAGUAACAGCCGUCACGAUCACGGAGGAAGACAAACGAAUCACCGAGAUGCACAGUCGCGAAGGCGAAACUGUGGUUUUGUCAUCUCCAGUUGCGACGCAAGGCGUGCGUAUCAAUGAAUGGCUGCAUGCGUUUGAGAAGGAAAUGCGAACCACUUUGGCCAAGUUCCUGUCGAACGCCCUCAAGGAUUUUGCAAUGAUCGAUGUCGACACCGUCUCUCAUGCCAGCUACAUGGAAUUCCUCGACAAGUAUCCCUGCCAAGUCAUUGGUCUGGUGGCGGAAAUCUGGUGGAGCAACCAAAUGGAGAAUGCUCUGCAGCAGGAAAAAGAUGCCACUGAAGUGGAAAAGGUUGUUUCGAAGACCCUCGCCCUGCUUGCCGACAACGUCCUGAAGGAGCAACCGCCAAUUCGCCGCCGGAAAAUUGAGAUGCUCAUCACGGAGCUUGUCCACAAGAGGGAUACUUCAAGGAGGUUGCUACAGCGAGGCGUGACAUCCACCAAUGAUUUCGAAUGGGCUCAGGCGAUGCGCUUCUAUUUCGAUGCGAACAGCUUGGCGACCCCGGAAAAAUGCUGCAUUGUCCGGAUGGCGAAUGCCGUCUUCUACUAUGGCUUCGAAUAUUUGGGCAUCCAAGAACGACUGGUUCGUACGCCCCUCACUGAUCGUUGCUUCUUGACGAUGACCCAGGCUCUGCAUUCAAGGCUGGGAGGCUCGCCCUUCGGUCCGGCCGGUACCGGAAAGACUGAAUCGGUCAAGGCUCUUGGACAUCAACUUGGGCGCUUUGUCCUCGUGUUCAACUGCGACGAAACUUUCGAUUUCCAGGCAAUGGGCCGCAUCCUUGUCGGUCUCUGCCAAGAAGCGGUUCGUGCCGGCGGUGAGAUGAGCGUUACAUUGGUCGGCAAGCGAUUGAGCGUGAACGGCAAUAUUGGAAUCUUCAUCACGAUGAAUCCUGGCUACUCGGGUCGAUCGAAUCUGCCUGAUAAUCUCAAGCAGGCAACUCUUCCGUUCGCUUGCCAUGACCCAGCCGGAUCGACAGCUCAUUGCUCAAGUUAUGCUCUUCUCACAGGGCUUCAGGACAGCAGAAGUGUUGGCGAACAAGAUCGUCCCACUAUUCAUGAACAACUUUCUGCGCAAUGCCACUACGAUUUCGGACUACGUGCUUUGAAAUACGUGCUCGUAUCGGCCGGAAACAUCAAACGUGAGAAGCUCAAUCAAGUCGGCGCCGCUGCCCUCGAAGAUGUGGCCGAACAACAGAUGCUGAUCCAAUCCGUCUGCGAGACCAUGGUGCCAAAGUUGGUGAAUGAAGACAUUGCCCUGCUUUUCUCCUUGCUCUCCGACGUAUUCCCAUCUAUCCAAUACGCACCAAAUGAGAUGACCGAUCUCCGCGAGAAGCUCUCCGAAAUUUGCUCGGCUCAAAUGCUUUGCUAUUCAAAUCGGACCGGCGAGCUGGGAUCGGCCUGGGUGGAGAAGGUGCUGCAGCUCUACCAGAUCACAAACCUGAAUCACGGUCUCAUGCUUGUUGGUCCGUCCGGUACCGGCAAAACGACUGCUUGGAAAAUGUUGCUGAAGGCGCUGGACAAGCUGGAGGGAGGUGAAGGCGUUGCACACGUUAUCGAUGCGAAGGCCAUGUCGAAAGAUUUCCUGUAUGGAUGGAUGGAUCAGAACACGCGUGAAUGGACCGACGGUCUUUUUACUUCCAUUGUCCGCAAGAUUAUCGACAACGUGCGCGGAGAGCUCGACAAACGGCAGUGGAUCAUCUUUGAUGGCGACGUCGACCCGGAAUGGGUUGAAAAUCUAAACUCGGUCCUCGACGACAACAAGCUGCUCACCCUACCCAAUGGAGAACGACUCGCCAUUCCGUCAAAUGUCCGCAUCAUUUUCGAGGUUGCUGACCUCCAAUACGCGACCCUAGCCACAGUGUCACGUUGCGGAAUGGUCUGGUUCAGCGAAGAAGUUGUUAGCAGCGAAAUGUUGUUCUCCAACUAUCUGAAGACGUUGACCAAUAUCAGCCUGGAAACCGAGAGCGCCCCGGCUACUAUCGCGAUGACCCUACAGCUUCAAAAGACUGCUGCCGAGUUCCUGCAGCAACAUUUCAGUGCGGACGGACUUGUGCCACUUUCUCUACGAUAUGCCCUGACCAACUGCGAGCACAUCAUGGUGGCGACAUCCCAGCGCUUGCUGUCCUCCUUCUUUGCCAUGAUGAACUACUCAAUUCGCGUGAUGGUGCAGGCCAAUGCCAUGAGAGAAGAUAUACCAUUUUCGCACGAUCAAGUGGAAGCGUAUGUGGCCCGAUCUAUGCUGGCGAACAUUGUCUGGGCCUUCUCCGGUGAUGGGCGCCUAUCGAACCGUGAGGCCUUGAGCGAGCAUAUCCGCAAAUCCACAACGCUUCCCUUGCCUCCGAAUGCCCAGGCGCCGAUCAUUGAUUACGAAGUCACGUUGACUGGUGAAUGGCGCCCUUGGAUCGCUAAGGUGCCGAAAAUGGAGAUCGAGACUCAUCGUGUCGCCGCCGCAGAUCUGGUUGUGCCCACGGUGGACACAGUUCGCCACGAAAUGCUUCUUUCGGCUUGGUUGAGCGAACACAAGCCAUUGGUGCUAUGCGGCCCGCCCGGAUCCGGUAAAACGAUGACACUCCUCGCUGCGCUUCGCUCUCAACCCGACAUGGAUGUUGUCAACGUCAAUUUCUCGUCGUCCACCACUCCGGAAUUGCUGAUGAGAACGUUUGAUCACUAUUGCGAAUACCGACGUACGCCCAACGGCGUCGUGCUCGCCCCUUCGCAGCUUGGCCGUUGGCUGGUGAUAUUCUGCGACGAAAUCAAUUUGCCAUCGCCCGACAAGUACGGAACGCAGCGAGUUAUCUCGUUCCUCCGCCAGCUUGUGGAAUUGAACGGUUUCUACCGCACAUCCGACCACUCAUGGGUUUCCCUGGAGCGCAUUCAGUUCGUUGGCGCAUGCAAUCCACCGACCGACCCUGGCCGACACCCAAUGACUCUUCGGUUCCUUCGCCAUGUUCCUGUCGUCUACGUUGAUUACCCGGGCAAGCCAUCGCUUGAGCAGAUCUACGGCACCUUCAACUUCGCAAUGCUUCGCAUGGCUCCAGCCUGCCGCUCGAUUGCCGAUGCGCUCACCGCAGCUAUGGUCGAAGUCUAUCUGGCCAGUCAGAAACAAUUCACGCAAGAUCAACAGCCACACUACGUCUACUCGCCUCGUGAGCUGACGCGCUGGGUCCGCGGUAUCUGCGAGGCAAUCGCUCCGCUCGAUAACGUCAAGCCAGAAGAUAUCGUUCGACUUUGGGCGCAUGAGGCUCUGCGAUUGUUCCAGGACCGCCUGGUGACCGAAGAGGAGCGCAACUGGACGGAUGACCUCAUCGACAGCACAGCCGAAAAGUACUUUGCCGGCGUCGAUGUCAAGACGGCCUUGAAGCGACCGAUCCUCUACUCUUGCUGGUUGAGCAAGCAAUAUCUCCCCGUGACUCAAGAAGCGUUGCGACAAUACGUGAAAGAGCGGCUGAAGGUAUUCUACGAGGAGGAACUCGACGUUAGGCUCGUGCUCUACGACAAGAUGCUCGACCAUGUCUUGCGAAUCGAUCGUAUCUACCGGCAACAACAAGGACAUCUUCUGCUGAUUGGUACCAGUGGCUCGGGCAAGACUACGCUGUCGCGUUUCGUUGCAUGGAUGAACGGUCUCUCCGUAUUCCAACUGAAGGUUCAUUCAAGGUACACGGCAGCCGAUUUCGAUGAAGACAUGCGACUGGUCCUUCGUCGGGCUGGUUGUCGCAACGAACGGCUCUGCUUUAUCAUGGAUGAAAGCAACAUGCUCGACACCGGCUUCCUGGAGCGUCUCAACACGUUGCUUGCCAAUGGAGAAGUUCCUGGUCUUUUCGAGGGCGAUGAACACACCACGCUCAUGUCUCAGAUCAAGGAAAGCGCAGCGAAACAGGGCUUGAUGCUGGAUACCCCUGACGAAUUGUACAAGUGGUUCACAACUCAAGUCAUGCGGAAUCUACACGUUGUCUUCACGAUGAACCCAUCGGAAAAUGGCCUUCGUGACCGCGCUUCCACUUCGCCUGCUCUGUUCAAUCGCUGCGUCCUCAAUUGGUCUGGUGAUUGGGACGAUGCCACGCUGUUCCAGGUCGGUUCCGAGCUUGCUGCUGGCUACGAUACAAUGGUGACGAAAUGGGAAGCACCCUUCUCCUUCGAACCUGUCUCCGAGCUGGUGCCCAAGCCACCCAAGUACGAGGACGCUGUGGUGAACACCAUGGUCCUUGCCCACAAUGCCGUCAAGAAGUUCAACCUUUCUGAGUCCAAGCGCGGCCACCGCACGAUGGCGAUCACGCCACGGCACUUCUUGGAUUGCAUCCGCCACUACACGCGGCUCUAUCGCGACAAAUAUCGGGAGCUACAAGAGGAAAAGCAACAUCUCAACAUCGGUCUCGACAAAAUCAAGGAGACGGAAGAGCAGGUGCUCGAGCUGCAGAAGAGUCUUUCCCAGAAGAGCAACGAACUGGAGGAGAAGAAGGCCGAGGCGAACAAGAAGCUCAAGCAAAUGUUGUUGGACCAGCAGAAGGCCGAGGAAGAGAAGAAAUUCUCCGAACAGCUCCAGAAGGAUUUGGCUGAGCAGAAGACCCAAGCUGAAGCGAAGCAAGCCGAGGUGCAGAAGGACCUUUCACAGGUCGAGCCCGCCGUGGAAGAAGCGAAGGCAGCUGUUUCUGGAAUCGGCAAGCAGCAAUUGAUCGAGGUCCGCUCCAUGGCUUCGCCCCCAGUCCUUGUGAAGUUGACGCUUGAGGCCAUCAUGGUGAUGCUUGGGGAAACCGUUGGUACCGACUGGAAGGGAAUUCGUGGAGUGAUGGUCAAGGAAGACUUCAUGAACCGCAUCGUCCAUUACAAGACCGAUCAAGUGACUCCCGAGUUGAUCAAGGCUAUGCAGAAGUAUAUCAGCAACCCGGAUUGGGAAUUCGAGAAGGCAAGUCGC